AAUAUAUUAUAUGCGCCCGGGUAUCAUUCAUUCUUGCCUUUGCCGCGUCCUUGGCUUUUCCAGGUUCCCUUCAUGGAGAGACAGUGGUGGUGAUGGUAGCAGUAGGCUAAGUCACAAGUUUUCCAGUCCCGAGAUCGAGAUUAGAAGAUUUAGUCUGCAAAAGAUAGCAGUAAUAACGAAGAAAGGAAAAGAAAAAAAAGGCAGCGAUCACAUCCCCACUCGCUCUUCUCUCCUCCAGAUUCCCCAAUACUGAAAAAGAGAAGAAAAUUUCAAAAAAAAAAGCCGGUCUUUUCCUUGUGUGCCAUAUCUUAUUCUUCCCCUAUCUCCAUUGAAUUCCCUUAAAUUCGGGACCGAUUUUUGGAGGGGAAGGAUCAGUGUGCGGAGUGAGAUGCGGAAGGGGUCGAAGAGUGACGGGUGCCGGUCGGCGGCCCACCGGCUCCUCAAGGACACGGCCAAGAACCGGGUGGACGAUCUCCAGGGCAUGCUGGCCGACGCCCAGGCUGCACGCAAGGAGAGCCGCGCCGCCGACGCCGCCGUCCUCGAGGAGCAGGUCCACCAGAUGCUCCGCGAGUGGAAGGCCGAGCUCGACGAGGCCUCCCCCGCUUCCUCCUUUCCCGGACAUAGCCACGGAUCUUCGGACCUGUCCUCGUACAUCCGCCGCAUGCUGCAGCUUAAUGAGGAGGAGGAUGAUGCGACGAGCAAGUUGGCGGAUCUGCCGCACGGCGCCAAUCUGAAGCCCGAGCCGCUGGAGCAGCUGGAGCCCGACGCUGGGGGCCUUCAUGGUGGAGGACCUGCUGCCUUUCUGGACGAAUUUUUUGUCUCUCAGGAACCACCAGAUUAUGGAUUUCUAGGGGCUGAGCGAUAUAAAAGCUCUCUUUUAACAGGAGUGCACCAUGCUGCCUCGAAUUAUCUGGAAGGAAAUACUGAUUUUGACUACCAGCAGUUCACUGUGCAUCAGGAAUUACAGCAUAAUGUAUAUAUUGGUUUUGAAGCUAGCAGGCAGAAUGGAGGGGAUGUUGUACCACUCAUCUCAGAAUUCAUUCCAGCAAUAUGCCCCCCACCUUCUGCUUUCCUAAGGCCAAAAUGUGCACUCUGGGACUGUCCUAGGCCUGCUCGGGGAUCAGAAUGGUACCAAGACUAUUGCAGCAGCUUUCAUGCUACUCUAGCAUACAAUGAAGGACCUCCUGGUAUGACUCCGGUGCUGCGGCCUGGUGGGAUAGAUUUGAAGGAUGGCCCACUUUUUGCUGCUCUCACUGCCAAGACACAAGGAAAGAACGUUGGUAUACCAGAAUGUGAAGGGGCAGCAACUGCUAAGUCUCCUUGGAAUGCACCUGAGCUCUUUGAUCUUCUAGUUCUUGAUGGGGAAUCACUCAGAGAAUGGCUAUUCUUUGAUAAGCCUCGAAGGGCAUUUGAGAGUGGGAACCGGAAGCAAAGGUCACUGCCUGAUUACAAUGGUCGUGGUUGGCAUGAAUCGAGGAAGCAGGUGAUGAAGGAAUUUGGAGGAUUGAAGAGGUCCUACUACAUGGAUCCACAACCCCUGAGCCAUUAUGAGUGGCAUCUGUAUGAAUAUGAGAUCAACAACUGUGAUGCUUGUGCCUUAUACAGGCUGGAACUCAAGCUGGUUGAUCCGAAGAAAAGUGCCAAAGGAAAAGUAACAACUGAUUCACUUCUUGAUCUGCAGCAGCAGAUGGGAAGGCUUAAUGCUGAGAAUCCCAUGGAUAACAAGCGGUAUAUUAAGGGCAGGGUGAAACUUAACCAUAAGGAUGGUGCUGAAAAUGCUUAUUCAGCUUCAAAUGUAGUCAAUGAAAGGGAACAUAGCCAAAAUGCUUAUUCAGCUUCAAAUUUAGUCAACCAAAGGGAAUGUGGCCAAAAUGCUUAUUCAGCUUUGGAUCAGAAAGGUCCUAUAGAUGAAAACCUUGGUUAUGGACCAAGCCUACCAUAUGCUUACUCUGUUGAUAGCCUGAAUAACUAUUAUGGGACGUAAGUCAGGAGAUAUGAGCAGCCGGAUGAAAUGGUUGUCAUCUUACGAGGAUGAAUUUGCUAACUGAUUGAGUCACUCAGAAAGAAACCAAAUGGUUCCAACCGUCUGAUAUACCCAGCUUACUUUCAGAUCUAUAAAACCUACGACCAAGUUCUUAGUUACUUCAAAUGGGCUAAUAUUUAGAUCAUCAUGUGGAGAAAGGAAUAUGUGUCCUUAGUAAUGGUAUUCUGUGGCAGUAAUCGAUGAAUAAUGAUUGACAGUGGCUUUAUCAGAGCAUUUACAAUUGCUUUGUCAAGAUGGACAGAGGACAAGCAUCUGGCAGCAUUCUCUCACCAGAGCAGCAUAGGUGAAGGUGCCAAGUUCUUUAUAGCAUCAUGUGCUUGUAUUAUCUCUAAUGUCUUUGGUUGUCUAAUGUCUUGGUUGUAUAGAUUCAGACUUUAUUUAAUAGUUUGGAAAGAUCUUUUGUAUGCAUCUUACAGAUAUGGGGGGCAUCCUACAGAGAGUUUCUCAUGCAACACGUGUCAAUUGAAUGCAGGACAUUGGUCUGCUAUCAGCUCAAAGGGCUGUUGGCUGACCUUUUACAUAAAUUAAGCUUUCUAUCGUGUGUAUUGUGUGCAUGCUUUUAAAA